UAAUUUGGUACAAUAAAUAAGGUUUCCAUUUUUGAUAUUGAAAUUAAUAUAUACUUAAUAUUGGCUUAAAUUUAGAGUAGAAGGGAAGGGUAGGCGAGCAAAUAGGGAAGAAAGUGGAGGUCAAUAUUUGAAAUUUGAAUUCAAGAAAGCACCAAAUAGAAAAAUCCCGAAUUUCAAAAUAUGCAUCUUGAUUCACAGCUUCAACACUCUUAAUACUUCUCUCAGAUCUUCCUUCCUUUCUCCUCCACAAAUCUCAGAAUUCUUUUCCAUUUCACCAUGAGACCUUCCUCUUCCUCUUCUUCUUCGCCUUCGUCUCAAAUCCACGCCGCUAACAAGAAGCUCAAGCAGCAGCAGCAGCAGCACCAGGGUCCUCGGGGCCCCUUCCGUGUUCUUAAUGGCAUUUCCUUUUCCCCCGCCUGCAACACCGCCAGCGUCGGCAGUGACGCUUCCUCCACCUCCACCGAUGCUCCCAGAGGCUGUCUCAGGUUCUUUCUCUCUCAUUCCUCUUCAUCUUCUAAGACACAGACCCCUGCUAAUAAGCUUAAAUCAUCUUCCAAAAACCCUAAAUCUACUUCUCAUGUUCGCCCCCUCAAGCCCCUUAGAUCUAAGCCGCUUAAGGAGAAUGCUCCCAAACGCGCUCUUACACACAAUUCUAGGGCGCCCGCAGAACCUUCCUCCACAAAGUUGGAGCCAUUGAAGAAAAACUCCCCCUCCCUGUAUAGAUGGCCGUCCGGGAAGAAGCCCUGUUCAUUAGGUACCCACAAACCUAAAAUCUUGGCAUCUGAUGGUGAGGAGUUGGAGAGACAUGGGGCACAUAGUGUAGUGAGGAUGGUUGAUGAUCCCAACAAAUGUGAACCGUCCGAUUUCAACUUCACUCCCCUGCGUGAAAUCGAAAACGGCUCUGGUUUGGAUCCAACAGCUGACAAGGUUGUAGCCCUAGAGGCUUCAAACAAAGAUCAUACUAAAACGCCUCCUGUUCAAGCCUCUGUGUCACCUGAAUUACAAUGUGGUUCAGCACUUAUGCCUACACUUACUCCUGUCUGCUAUGGUGCUGGGUAUGUCGUUUCUGGGAUCUCUGACAAGAGAAAGUGUAGACCCAAAGGAGUUCUUAUUGUGGGAGACAAUACUCCAUCCAUUUCUAAUGUCAAGCCCAUUCAGAAUUUUGAGGAAGAAGAUGGAAGCAACAAAAGGGAGACUUCCAAUUCUGUUGUUUUAAAGGUCCCUUCACCCAUUGAAGCUUCUAUGAAUUGGCUUCUAUCCCCCUGCAACGAGGAGGAUGAGGAUCACCAAGACAAGUCUGAAAACGCUUCAUCUCACUUUGAAGGUUUCUUGGAGCCAUUAUCCUUUGAGGACAUCUCUCCCUCAUGCGCUCCUAAUUGCUUGGAUGUGAUAUUAACGGAGGGAAGAGGACAACCGAGGUAUGAAGUCAAUGGGGAGAAUUCUCCAUUCUCAAUUGACUCAUUAAGCAGUGACAAUGUCAUCCGAACACCACAAUCAGACUCAAGUUCAGCUCCAAAACAUUUCCUUCCAUGGUUAACUGCUGACAGUUGUGAUAAACAUGAUCAGGAUUCAGCGUCUGACAGCCAUAAAGCAAUGACAAGUAUAACAGAUUUAAGUUUCCAGUUUGAUUGUCUGGCCACAAUAUCCAAUUCCAUGGAUCUUAACCAAUUUCAAAAGCUUCUUGAAGAUCAAGCUUUUAGGAACAGCAAUUCUUCGUGUGAGAAUUUGUCAAAAUCCCAAAUGAGAGUAUCAUGGAGGGAAGGGUUAAUGAGCCGGAUCUACGAGAUGGACGAAUUUGAUAGUUGUCGAUGCUUAUCAGACGACGAAGAAGAGAAUGCUGACACUUGCAGCAUUAGCUUGUCAGAUAUCCUUAAGAAGACUCCUCUGAAACAUAAUGAUUGUGAGGCUGAUCCUAUAAUUUGCAACAGUUCUUGUUCUUCUCGAUUAUUAGUGAAUGAAGAAGCCGAAGAAUAUGAGAAAAGUAAUGAAGUAGCAUGUUGUUGUGCGGAAUCCAUUAGCACGGAUGGAGGUGGGUUGAUGGCAUCAGGGGACUCAGAUUGGCAUUUAUGCUACAGAAAUGGAUUGUUUGAUUGCUAACCUCUUAGUUUCACUCCUAUUCGUAGCAGAAUAAAUGUUACCAACAAAAAUUGAUUGUUUGAGGAAGAAUUCUCCCACUGAUCGUAUCCAUUAUGUACGCUGAGUUUAUGUUUUGUUUGAACUGAGUUUGAUAUUCACAAUAUUUGAAUGUCAUAUUGUAAAGACAGGAUUCUUGUGCUGCUGGGGAUUCACCGUCAUCUAUCUAACUCUUUGCUAUGCAGGCUGCUCGUGUAGAAAGCAUUGUGGGGCAGCCGAUAAGAAAAGGAUUAGAUUCAAAGCAACAAGUUUCUUGACCUACAUGCGGAAGAAGAUGUGUGAUAGGAGCCACAAUGCUGAGAAAAGGAAGUAAGGAAUCGCAUCUAAAGGAAAUGUAUUGAAUAUUGUAUGAUUUUGUGGAGUAACAUUAUGUUCAUGAAUUUAA